UACACAGAGGUUAAGUGACUUGCACACAUUUAGAAUCUCAGGCAAGAUUCUAGCUCAAGUCUUCUUAAUUCCAAGUCCUGUGCUCUCUAUCCUCUGUACCACCUAGCUGUUAAAACUAACCACUAAAACUCAUUGCAUACCUCUUUAAAUUUUCAGUACCUGCACCUCCUCCCCCAUUAGCUUGUAGGUUCCUUCUGUCAUACAUUUGUAAUCUUCCUUUUAUUUGGCUCCAGCAUGAGCAUUUUAUUUAUAAGGAAAAUCUGGCUGGAGUUUUUCUUAUAGUAUGGAAUUUAGCUGAGAUUUUCAAUAAUUUAACUCAAGACAACUGGGUAGAGAUAAAAAAUAAUCAUUUGCUAGUUGUAACAUCUAAACUACUCAGUGUUUGCUGUUCGAUUUACAACUUGACUUAAAGCAAUUCUCUCCUUUUCUUAUCUUUUGACGUAUAAUCCUCCUUCCUCUUCUUUAGCCUACUAUAAAUCUUACAAUCUUGUAUAAAUACGUAAAGCUUACGUAUCUUUGAAAUGGUAAAUCUUACAUUUCCCUUUUUGGCAUCUGUAAAUACUAAUUGUUUCUUCUUUCCCUUGGAUGUAACUAGAAACUAUAUAAGUCUUAAGAAGACUUUAUCUGGUGCUCAGUGGUCAUUUAGGGAAUUCAGAGUCUGCUUGGCGUGUAGUAAAUCUGGUUUGCCUCCCAGAUCUCUGCAGGCUGCUGGUUUUGAUUGGCAGCAGUACAUAUCAGCGAAUCCUUGGGUAUCUUCCUAUCAUUUCCUUGACCUCUCCCUAUAUGCUGCUUCCCAAUAGGUAUGCAUCACUUAAGCUCCUACUUGUGGUUCUUUAAUCACACAGAAAUUAACGGGUAUUCCAGAAAUAUGGAGAAGGGGUACGGGAGGAAGAAGGCUCUACAUACACAUAGCUAGUGCCAGAGUAAGCAGAAGGGCUGAAUCUCUUUGUAGCCUAGCAUGAGGAAAGGAGCGGCCGGGUGGCCCAGGGGAUGGAGUGCCAAGCCGGCCUCGGACACCUCCUAGCCGUGACCCUGGGGUCGCACCUGGAGCCACGGAACAAGGACGGGAGAAGGGAAGGGCUGCCUGGCGCAGUCCGGCAGAGUCCGACAAGGAGCCUUCAACGGGCGCUGCCUCUGGUCCGGCCGAGGUCCCGGCUUCCCCUGCCUCUGUCCCCCGAGCUGUAAAGUCAACAGGGGGAGCGGCACAGAGGGCAAAGCCGGCGGGGGAAGAGUUCGAGUCCCGGCUCGGCCGUUUCCUGUGCGACUUAGAGCCAGUUACUGACGCUCUCGAUCUUCUUACGUCAAAUGAAAGGCCUGGGCCGCAAAGGCCUCAGCGGCCCGUUCACUUCUACGUGACUCCAGAUCCCCGGGGCUGCCUCCUACACUCCCGGCUGAGCCCCGGCCCGGACUGGGGCUAGAAAAACAAGCCUCAGACCCCAAGGGCCCGAGGCACAAGACAAGCCCAAGCCCAGGCCUUCUCCCCUUCCCGGAAGCUGUCACUCGCACCACUUCCGCCUGGUGGGGAACGGCCAUGGAAACUCCUCCCCUUCCGCGCUGCUCCUUGGCGUCACCUCCGCCAGGUGGCGGAAGGGGAAGCCCUGAAGUUGGCGCGAAACUCGGCGCUGAGGCUCGGAGCCGGCUGGUCCCCCACCCCCCCCCUCCUCCUCCUCCCGCCCCCGUCGCGCGAUCCGGCUUUCCUCACGCCGCGUCGUCCGCCUCGCUCUGGACUGCAGCCGCUGCCGCCUCAGGACGUCGGAGCCCUGAGGCUGGUCAGCAUGUCCGGAAGUGACCGGGAGCCGUAUUACGUGAAGUUCGUGAAGGCGCAGGGCAACUCGGAGUUUUUCUUUACAGCGCUUGAGUCUAUGAAAGAAUUCCAGUCAGAAAAAUAUCUUCAAACUAUUACAGAAGAAGAGGCAUUGAAUAUUAAAAAAAAUGACAGAUCACUUUAUAUCUGUGACCCUUUUAGUGGCAUUGUUUUUGAACAUCUCAAAAAGCUUGGCUGUAGAAUUGUUGGCCCACAAGUAGUCACAUUUUGUAUGCAGCACCAACGAUGUGUCCCAAAAGCAGAGUAUCCAGUUUAUAAUAUGAUUAUGGCAGACAUAACUAUUUCUUGCACAAGCCUUGACAAAGAAACAAGGAAAGAAGUUCAUAAAUAUGUACAAAUGAUGGGUGGACGAGUUUGCAGAGACUUGAGUAUAUCAGUAACUCACCUUAUUGCUGGAGAAGUCGGCAGCAAAAAAUAUUUAGUGGCUGCAAAUCUAGGGAAACCUAUUAUGCUUCCUUCUUGGGUAAAAGAGCUAUGGAAGCAGUCACAAGAGAAAUGUAUGACACAGUUAACAGAUAUAAAUAUGGAAGAUUUCAAAUGCCCUUUAUUUUUUGGCUGUACUAUUUGUGUGACUGGUUUAUGUAGCUUGGAUAGAAGGGCAGUUCAGCGACUCACUGUUGAGAACGGAGGUCGAUAUAUGGGACAACUGAAAAUGAAUGAAUGCACACACCUCAUUGUUCAUGAACCAAAAGGUCAGAAAUAUGAAUGUGCCAAGAGAUGGAAUGUACACUGUGUGACAGUCCAGUGGUUUUUUCACAGUAUUGAGAAAGGCUUCUGUCAAGAUGAAGCCAAGUACAAGACAGAGCCUAGAUCAGAAGCAAAGAGUGUACUGGGCACUUCUACUCCUACUGGCCAGAACAGUGAAGCUAGUGGUCGUACUCUUUCAGAUGUCAGUCACAUAUCUAACAUCAAUUCAAGUUGCAUUAAUGAGUCUACACAUAACUCAGUUAUGAACAACAAAUUGGGGUCUCUACUUGAAAAUCUACAAAACUUGGAUAUCAGCGCAUUUCAAGCACCUGAGGAUUUACUGGAUGGCUGUCGGAUAUACCUCUGUGGUUUUAGUGGCAGAAAAUUAGAUAAACUGAGAAGGCUUAUUAAUUGUGGUGGUGGAGUUCGCUUUAAUCAGCUUAAUGAAGAUGUGACCCAUGUUAUUGUUGGAGAUUAUGAUGAUGAGUUAAAACAAUUUUGGACAAAAUCGACACACAGGCCUCGUGUAGUGGGACCAAAAUGGCUGCUGGAGUGUUUUAGUAAAGGUUAUCUGCUUUCUGAGGAGCCGUACAUCCACUUGAAUUACCAGCCAAUGGAGAUAACUGUUUCAGAUCAACCAGGCAUGAAAUCAACAUUUUCCAAAAGAAAGAACAGUUUUUCUAAGAAAGAAUUUGUGAACACAGAGAAACAUCGGCAAGCUGAUGAAGACUUGCUUUCCCAAUAUAUGAAUGAUCAUAUGAUAGAUGAAGGUGAGAAGUCGGAAACUGGGGUCUUUAAUGAUUCCACUCAUUCUACUGUACAAGGGGAUAACCUGUCUUUCCUCAGCCACAAUUCACUGCCUGAGACUUCUACAAUUAUUGAAGGUUUGUUUAGCCGGAAGAAGUUCCUUGUUGUGGGUUUUAGUGAAGAAGAUGAAUCUUGCGUUGUCAACGUUAUUAAAGAAAAUGCUGGAAAAAUUCUGCCCCUCCAAAGCAGAACUAUUGCUGACUAUGCUGUGGUUCCUUUACUGGGGUGUGAAGUGGAGUCAACUGUAGGAGAAGUUGUUACAAAUACAUGGCUGAUUACUUGUGUUGAAAAACAAAAUCUUUUUGACCCGGAAUCAAAUCCACUCUUCACACCAGUACCAGUAUUGGAAGGAAGUGGUAAUCCUUUAGAAAAUUGUGUUCUUUCAUUCAGCCAGUUUGUUGGAGCAGAGAAAGAUUCCUUGGUAUACUUAGCAAGCCUGCUUGGAGCAAGAGUUCAAGAAUUCUUUGUGCGCAAGGACAGUGAAAAGAAUGACAUGUUUGCCAGUACUCAUCUUGUAGUGAAACAACCAGAUGGUUCUAAAUAUCACGCUGCAGAAAAGUGGGGAUUACCUGCAGUGUCUAUGGCUUGGAUAUUGGAGACUGCUAAGUUGGGAAAGAGAGCAGAUGAAUGCAAGUUCAUGGUUGGAAAUCUACGCAGACAAGAUGAAAGUUUUGAAACUCAGAUGACAGUAGACAAGACUUAUUCAGAUACUUCAGAGAAUUCUAGUACAGUCCUGGAACCCGAAAGAAGAGCAGCUGUUACACCUUUAGAUGUAAACAGAUUCCGGAGUAAAACUUUUCAUACUGUGAUCUCACAACACACUAGAAAGUCCUCGGGUCCCCCUAUUGAAGUACAGCCACUUCAGAAAGAGCCUUCACUGCACCUUGACACGCCAUCUAAAUUUCUGUCCAAAGACAAACUCUUCAAACCUUCUUUUGAUGUAAAGGAUGCACUGGCAGCCUUGGAAACUCCAUUAGGUCCCAGUCAGCGAUGCAGAAGAAUGAGUACCCCCCUUUCUGAAGUUAUUGGCAAGAACUUGAAACUUGCUUUGGCAAAUAGCACUCGCCACACAGUAGCUCUUAAUGCCAGCCCUGUGCUGAAGGAUACCCAAGCAGAGAAGGAGGAAGACCCCAAACCACUUCACCACGUAGUUCUAUGUGUUAGUAAAAAACUCAGUAAGAAACAGAGUGAACUAAAUACUAUUGCAGCAUCCCUCGGGGGCGGAUAUAGAUGGAGUUUUGAUGAAACUGUGACUCAUUUCAUCUAUCAAGGGCGACAAAAUGACACUAAUCGAGAAUAUAAGGCUGUUAAAGAAAGAGGAAUUCACAUUGUUUCAGAGCACUGGCUUUUAGAAAGUGCCCAAGAAUACAGGCGUCUUCCUGAAUCUCUUUAUCCACAUACUUACAAUCCAAAAAUGAGCCUGGAUAUAAGUGCAGUGCCAGACAGCAGAUUUUGUACCAGUCGGUCACCAUCAACUAGUAAAAUGGCAAAAGAUGAUGAUGAGCCUCUUCUCCAUUUAUCUUUGGAAGGAAACAAUGAAGAUAUGACCAUUGAUCAGAAGGAAGUGGCAAGUACAAAUGGAGAAAUACCAAAUAUUCCCAAAGGAGCUCUAACACAGACCCUGGAAAUGAGGAAGAGCUUCCAAAAGCAGCUGCAGGAAAUAAUGUCUGCCACAUCAGUAGUAAAACUCCAAGGACAAAGGAAUUCCCUUUCCAGAAGUGGUUGCGACAGCUCUUCUUCAACUCCUGACAACGCUUGGUCUGCACGCAGUGGCCGCAGUCGAGUCCUGGAAGCAUUACGGCAGUCUCGUCAAGCUCUUGCUGAUAUCAACACAGAGCCCUCCCAGAGUGAACAGAUCAUUUGGGAUGACCCUACAGCACGGGAGGAGAGAGCGAGGCUGGCCAGCAACCUACAGUGGCCCAUCUGUCCUACACAAUAUUCUGAGCUUCAAACUAACGUAAAGAAUUUGGAAGACUCGCCCUUCCAGGAAUCUUUGCAUGAUUCUGCAAUUGCUGAACAUGCUGUCUGUGAUCCUAGACGUGUGUGUGUAACUGAGGUACCAAAACAGCCCAUUUGUGAAGACCUGGAAAGUACGAUGAAAGACAGUCAUCUCAUCCCUACGCCACAAGCCCCUAGCAUUGCUUUCCCCCUAGCCAACCCACCUGUUGCUCCUCACCCCAAAGAAAAGACAGUACAGGCAGAGGAGACACAUGAAGAAUUAGAAAAACAGUACCGAUUUCAACUAUCUUCUCUUAAUCCUCAGGAGCGAAUUGAUUAUUGUCAUCUAAUUGAGGAAUUAGGUGGCCUUGUGCUAGAGAAACAGUGCUUUGAUCCAAGCUGUACACACAUCAUUGUGGGACAUCCUCUUCGGAAUGAGAAGUAUUUGGCUUCAAUGGCUGCUGGAAAGUGGAUACUUCAUCGCUCCUACCUUGAGGCUUGCAGAGCAGCUGGACGCUUUGUCCAGGAAGAAGAAUAUGAAUGGGGAAGUAGUUCCAUCCUUGAUGUUUUGACUGGAAUCAAUGUACAGCAGAGGAAACUAGCACUUGCUGCAAUGAGAUGGAGGAAAAGGAUUCAGAAAAAACAAGAGGAGGGCAUUGUUGAGGGGGCUUUUAGUGGGUGGAAGGUGAUUUUGAAUGUCGAUCAGUCCAGAGAAGCAGGAUUUCGACGUCUUCUUCAGUCUGGAGGAGCAAAGGUGCUGCCUGGUCAUUCUGUGUCUCUGUUCAAAGAAGCCACACACCUUUUUGCUGACUUCAGUAAGCUGAAACCAGACGACACCAGAGUUAACAUACCAGAAGCUGCUGCCCAGAAAGUGAACUGCUUGAAGCCAGAAUACAUUGCAGAUUACCUGAUGCAGGAAUCUCCUCCAUCGUUAGAGAAUUAUUCUCUACCUGAAGCAGUCUCAUUUCUCCAAAAUAAUAAGGAAACUGGGACAGGAUUAUCACAGAAGAGAAAAACUCCUACAGAAAUAAAUAAAUUCAAGCGACCGAGAAUACACUAACUUGGGUCUGCUCUUUUAGCUAAUGUGAAAUAUUUUGAAAAUUAAAAUUUGCAAUGUUAAUUUCA